AUGAAAGAUGAUAAGAAAACAUAAAGUAAUUGUGAAUAUCAUUAAAAUUAUGAUGGUCAAAAGAUUUAUGAACCAGAGUACUUUUUAGAGCUUUUUAAUUUAGACCUAAAACAAGACUACUCAUGUAAUUUAAAUAUUGGAUAAUCUGAAAAAUAAAAAGAAAGCUUCACUAACUAGUAUCUAAAUAAUCAAGAGUUUGUUAGCCAAUUUGAUUUGACAAAUCAAUAGUAUUUAUCUUAUUUCAAUUAGUAAGAAAUAUAGAUAAAUGCUAAUUAGCAACAACAAUAUAUUAAUAAUAGCUUAAUAAGCUAUGAUAACAGCAAUUAUAAGAAUUAAUAAUUUAAUUAGAGCUAAAAUAGCUUUGAAAACAAAAAUGAAAUUAUACAAAAUUAAUCAAAUGUAUAAGAAUAGUUUUUUUUAAAAACUGAAAACAAUAAUAACUCUACUUCUAAAAUAAAAAAUGAUACUCAAGGCUAAAAGGAGUCUGUUUGUGAAAUUUAGUUACUUAUGAAUUUUUUAGAGAACGAGAGCAUCAAUUGGUUAGAAAGAUCUAAAGUCGUUAACAAGUAAGAAGUCUAAGAAAAAAUUUUAUUUUUGCAAAAUUGCAUUAGUGAUCCAAAGAAAUUUGAUGAGUUGACUAUUUACUGA